GUCACUCGAGUCAUCAUCAAAUGCACAUGCAACUGCACCAUCGUCACCACAACCACCGAUAGGAUCGGCGCUGCCGACAUUGCUAACAGAGGCAGAUGAGGCUAACAAAGAUGGCCAGUUAGAAUCAGAACUUGAUAAAGAACAGUUUGUGGCAUUGGAAUGCAAAAAAGCAGAAGACAGUGUAGUGGCCACUGCAGUUGAGGCUGAUGGUGGACUAGAAAAAUUAAUGCCAGCAGAAGAAAGUCUGACCGCUACUGCUGUUGUUGAUGAUGUUGUCUGCGCAGUUGAUGGGAAAGAAAAGUUAUUGUCAUCGGAAUGCAAGAAAGAGGAAGAAGCUGUUGUCGCUCCUCUCGUUGUUGAUGAAGAGAAACGUUUAGCCUGUGCAGUUGAAGAAGAAAAAAAAUUUAUGUCAUCGGAAUGCAAGAAAGCUGAAGAAGCUGUCGCUGCUACUGCAGUUGUUGUUGGUGACGUGGCCUGCGCUGUUGAUGAAAAAUUGAAGCUGCAGGUUGAAGAUCUAACAACAACAUCUGCAGAAUUUCCUUCCUCAAUAUCAGCUGCAACUGCUGAAGCUCCAAAUUUAGCUACAUCGACGACGGUUUCGGAUGACAAUUCAACACUAUCCAAUAACGCACCAGUAACAGAAAAUACCACUCCAGCAGCAAAUACCACACAAAUACCGGCGGCAACUUCUUCCACAUCUACGGCUGCUUCGACUCCGACAACCGACUCGACAGUCCCGACAACCGCGGACACAACUCUCUCCUUCACACCAUCCCCCGCUUUAACUCCAGACGAGAGACGUGUAUCCGUUGUGGAGAAAAAGUGCAACUUCCUUCGCCAGUUUCGAAGUGGGAGCUCGAGUAGCGGCUUCAAGAAAUUCACUGCUUCUCAAUUCAUGGAAGUGUGGAAUCAUUAUGACACUGAUGGCAACGGCUACAUAGAAGAUCAUGAACUGGAUGGAUUUCUGAGGGAGUUUGUACUUUCUAGCGUGUCCGAGAACGACAAUAGACCGGAAAUUCUCUCAGAUGCAGCUAUGUCCCUUUUUAAAGAAACUUUCAUGGAUGCUUUUGAUGAAAACCAAGAUGGGAUGAUUGACAUUUCUGAGUUGGCUGAAAUCCUCCCGACAGAUGAAAAUUUUCUUCUUUUGUUUCAUUUGAAAAAUCCUUUGCAGUCUUCCGUUGAAUUUAUGAAGAUAUGGCGUUUAUAUGAUAAAGACUGCCUGGGCUUCAUUGAGUCGAAGCAACUGAAGUCUUUCUUGAAACACAUCUUGGAUAAUCAGAAAACAACCGUCAGCGAGGAUAAAUUGAAUGAAUAUACGGAAACCAUUCUGAAUCUGUUUGAUUCAAAUCGAGAUGGAAAACUUCAACUCAGCGAAAUGGCAAGGUUGAUGCCAGUGAAACAGAAUUUUCUCAGUAAGCCAAUACUGAAAGGUGCAGGCUGUCUGACCAGAAGGGACAUUGACAAGCUUUUCAGGAUCUACGAUCAAAAUAGAAACGGAACGAUUGAGGACGAAGAACUGACAGGUCUUCUGAAGGACAUCAUGGACUUGGGCCAGAAGGAUUACACACUGGACGAUAUAAACAAGAUGAAGAAAAUCAUCAUGGACCACUGGGACCAGGAUCACGACGGCACCAUAAGUAAAAGUGAACUUCGAAUGUUCUUAAUUCAACAGUGCAAAAUAUCGGCAGAAAGUCAAGGUUUACCUUACAAUGACGAAGGAGGAAGUGAUGACGACGACGACUACGACUGAUUCUGUUGAAUUAACUUUUGUUUAAGAAUAACUAAUAAAAGUGGGACUAAUGCAGUAUAAUUUCAUCUCAUAAGCAUAUUUACAAACAUUUUAAUACAAAACGCGCGCAUGUAUAAAAUAAAGUAUAGUGCUUUUCCACCUGAUCAAUCGUGAAAUUACGCCAUUUUUCUUAAUUUUAUUGGAAAUUAACUCACGAGAUCAAGCCGUUAUAAUCUCACUUUUUUUCAAUUAUAUGUUCAUUCCUUUGUCGUCAACCAGUAGUCGGAAGAAAUAUCGUGAAAUAAUUUAUCUUAUUAUUGGUGCUAGACGUUUUAUUUUUUUGAAUUUCGCCUUAUUAAACAUUUAAAUUAUUUGUUAUAUAUAUAUAAGUGUGCGUGGUUUUGUUUUUGUGCGUGUGACUGCGCGUGAAUGUCUCUGUUAUUUUUGAAUAACACUGCAUAAAUCACUUUUAUUGGUACAAUGAUGUUUGUAUAAAUAGCUUAACACAGUUUUGGUUAUUUUAAAUAUUUUAUUUAAAUUGUAUUUGAUAGCCUUUUGUUUCAUCUUCUUAAACUGCAUAUAACCGUAAUAUUAACACAUACACAAACACAAACAAGAAUUUUCGUUAUCUAACUGCAUUAUUAGAUAAACAUACAUUUGCCAAAAAUAAAUUUACAUAACACAUGGACUUGAAUAAAAAAAAUUGUCGUAUUUUA